AUGGCGCCCAAGCGUGCGAAGAAGAAGGCGUCGGGGUCCCAGCCCCCUAAAGCUGGGCGGCCUUCGCAGGUCGUCAAUCCCGCUGGCGCAGCUCAGGCUGCCCAGCAAGCAAUUCCGGAGCCUCUAGGGGCGAAGGAGCUAACCACCACCCUCCCCGCUGCCCAGCAGCACCCUGCUGCCCGCCAGCAACCCGAUCCGGAGCCUCGAGGGGCGAAGGAGCCAUCUCCACCCACCACCCCGCAGGACACUUCCAUGGAAGAAUCUCGAGAGGGAGACGAGUUCCAAGACGCUCCAGAGUCGCCUCUCAAGCAGUCUCUCCAGCAGCCUUCCCAGGAGCUUUCUGGAACACCAGCGACAGCACCGGAGACAGCGCCAAAGGGCGACACACCGAAGACCAAGCUGCAGGACUGGCUGGAGAAUAAGGUGGACGAAGCAGCAGCCAAGGGCAAUGGCAAGGGCAAGCAGAGGGCACAAGACUCACAGCCAGCACCGCCAGGAGAGCACGCCUUCGGACACGGAUCUUUGUCGAAGGCACCAGCCAUGGCCGUUGAGCACCUGGUCCAGCAAGGCGGCUACCUUGCGGGUGUACCUGAGUCUGUCGUGCCUACGCCCCAAGGAGGCGGCGUCUUCACGGUGCCUGAGCAUGCCGACGACUGGGUGCCAGAUGAGCAAGGUCGCCACCAGCCUCGGCAGUACUCAGCGCAGCCGGGCUCGAUUCCGCCAGCCGGCAAGUUGUUCGGCCCGGUCAUGGCUCAAGCACUCACUACGCCAGCCCGAUCAGCCGAAGGUGGCUUCCAGCCUGUCCAGCAUCGGCCCACUGGCGCUGGCGCUCCCUUCAGCAACGACUCUGAUGCCAUGGAUCUCACCGGCGACCCAGCUGAGGACGCCCAGCGCAGGAUGCCGAAUCUACACAAGUUCAGCAUUCUGGAAGACGAUCUCGGAGUCAAGGAGCUUAUCGAGAAGCAUUCCGUGCCAAAGCCAGAGGACCCCGAGAAGCUGGCUAGCUAUCAGACCGUGAACGCCGACACGCUUCCAGUUGGUGCGCAGUACACCGAGCCUACUCACUUGUAUCCCAUGUUCUUGGACUGCGAUAAGGGCAAGGCUUUUGACCUAACCCGGAUCUUCGACUACCGCGGCAAGGAUCACCAUCCUAUGCUGAACGCCAACAAGAAGAAGAUGCACGACAAGCGGCCAGCAUUGAUCAGUGUAGCUGGGGUCGGCUCCUUCGGCAACCCAGAUCCCAAGGUCAAGGACAGCCCGGAUGGGCUCUUUCACUUCUGCGAGUUCCAGAUCCGCCCGGACACACAGGUCCCGGUCUUCGUCAUUCGCUUACGUCGGCCAGCCAAAGAAGGCGACACAGCGGCAUCCUGGGUUCGCCUGGAGAUUCCAGCUGGGUGCCUCGCUCGGAAUGCAAACGACGUGGGUGUCAAGUUCGCGCAUGCUGAUAACAAGGUCAAAGUGGGCAUGCCUAAUAUUCCAGUGCUCACCGAGCUCGCCAAGAAGGACGUACUCUACCGGACAGAUCUCGAGCUUUGGUCGGCAGAUGACAAGCCGACCACCGGCGCCACCGGCAAGCGCAUAUGGUACGGCCUGAACACAGCGGCUUCGGCUGAUGGGGCCCGCGUUACUCACGAACUGGACGUCAUCCGGGCCACGCCAACAGCAUCCUUGAGCACCUUCCAGAAAGCUGUCCUGGUACUUGAUACUGCGACCAACCUGUCCAUAUACUCCGAAGUCAAGGACACUGAGGUCAUGCAGAUCUUACCGCGAUGCUUCGACUACGUACGGGCUAUCUCUUACGCCACCACCAACCUUGGCUACUACUGGUGGUACGUCGUCGCAGGUAAAGGAGUCCCACUUGACAGCCCAAAGUUCCCCUUCAGGGACCCGAAAAGCGGCAAAUGGCUUCCAUUCCCACGCUGGAUGAUCACCCAAUUCCAGGUGAGGUAUGUGAAAGACGAAGCCGCAAGCUACACUCCGGAGCAUAUCGCAGACUUCCUGCCUAUUCGCACCAGCACACAGCCGGACGAGAAGAGUGCGUUGUACCUCUCCCGCAUCGCAAUGGCCCGGGAGAUGCAAGCGCAGGAAGAGGGACUUCUGAAGCUUACUGAAAGGCUCGAAGGCCGGGUUGUCUGCCGCAUCAAUACCCUGGCCGAUGGAGGUUACUUUGCUUCUCUCUGGUUCGAAGGUGUUACCAAAGGCAAGCAGUCAGACACCAUCAUGCCGGAGCUCAAGAAGCGCUGCAACAUAUUCGUGACCUCCAAAGGAGGCGUCGGAGUCAAGCUUCUCGGUGCAGUCUGCGAGGAUGUUCUCGACACUGGUGCGCAUUGCACCGUUCACUGUCUGCCCUCUGAGCCCAGCUCAGCAUUGCUUGAGGAUGGCGACACGAUGGAGGCUACUGUUAAGUGGCCGUUCAACCCCAAGUCAGCGAAUCGCAGCAUGAACGCGCUUUUGUCGAUCGCGGAAGGCCACCCCGACCGGAACCAAGGCGUUGCUCUCGCCAACGUUGCCCUCGGCGCCCCGGUCCCAGAAGGCCAGAAUACUGCGACCUUUAGUACCCAAGGCGGCGUCGACGGAGCUCGUCACAAGAAGAUCAUCCGCAUCUGCGAGGCCCUUGGCUGUAACGAGUCGCAGGUUGACGCAGCUUGGCAGCUUCUCCGGAGCAAAGACGGUCUUUCACUUAUUUGGGGCCCUCCUGGUACCGGCAAGACUAAAGGCGCCAUGGCUCUUGUUAUUGCCAUGAUUCUUAACGAUGUCAAGAUCCUGGUAACGGCAGCGUCCAACAUGGCCGUGAAGGCUGCAGCGCAGUCUUUCGAAGAGGCAGUCAACAAGCUAGACGAUAGCUUCAAGAAGGAGUUUGGCACCAUUGAUCCGAUCGACUGGUGCACGUUCACUGGAGCUCAAUUUGAGACCGACACCACCUCGUCGGAUGCUCAGGGAGUCUGGGAAGACCGGGCCGAUAACCUUGCUUCUGAUAUGGCAGCCAUGUCAGUCCCCCUGAGCAAGGACGGUGACGAGCCGCCAGAGAGCAGCAAGGCGAAACCGAAGAAGAAGGAGAAGAAGCGAGACUUGAUCUGGUACCUGACCGAGCAUGGGCUCCUACCCGAGAGCCAAGCUGGAGUCGACAAGCAGGGCGAUACCAAUAUGGAUUCCGGCACACCCGCGGCAGGCGACCAACCUGCGGCAGACGAGCAGCCCGCAGCGGCCGACAAGCUUCCUGCAACAAGCCUCAACUGGGCUGACGAGAUGCAGGAGGAAGACGAGAAGAAGCUGGAAGCUGAGAUCGAGAAAUCGAGGCAGCGGCAACUGGCACAGGUGAUCCGGACCGCGUACAACAACUUGCAGGAGGGCCACACCGAUGAGUCCUUCUCGGCCAAGAAGCUACGAUUCAUCAGCAAGUUCACGACAGGGCCGUGGGAGGAGAAUGUCAAUGCGCCGAAGGAGGACCCUGCGAAUGCUGCCAAGUACUUCGGUCUUCUGGAGAUCAUUCAAGAGGCCAACGAUUCCAAGAAGAUCACCAAGGCAGGCAUGGACAAACUGAUGAAGGAUUUCAUUGCCGUCGAUGAAUACUGGGUCAAGCGGUACUUCACGAAAUGCCGGCUUGUGUUCGUUACGAACAACUCGUCGUGCCAUCCCGCGCUGGCCCUUUACUUCCAGCCGAUCCUGGUGCUUAUCGACGAGGCUGGUUUCUCAAUGCCCGCCGAUGCCAUGAUCCCUAUGGCUAGCCACAAGAACAGUAUCAGGCAUAUUGUUCUAGUCGGUGACCAUAAGCAGCUCAAGGCUGUUGCCUCCUCCGGUGGGCAUAACGAGUGUUUCCCGUCGGUUCAAGUCUCGCUCUUCGAGAAGCUCAUUGAGGACGAAGUCACUCCACGCGACAGCGUCCAGUAUAACGUGCAGUAUCGCCAGAAUCCGAAUCUCUCCGAGUUCUUCCGCGAGCGAGUGUACAAGGAGUUCAACGACCAUCCUUCUGUGAGAGUUGACAACGACACUCGUGUUAGCUUCCGGGCCUUGAUGAGUCGGGUGCCCGUCUGGAACAACAGAUUGCGUGUCGGCAUUGCCAACGAGGGUCACUCCGGGAUCUUCAGAGGCACUGCUUCGGCGUGCAACCUGUCCGAAGCGAAGCUUUGCCUUGACCUUGCAGCCCAGCUUAUCGGCCACGGUGCCAAGCCGGAGGAUAUCACCAUCUGUACUCCUUACGGUGGCCAGCUUCGCCUUCUGGGCGCUUUGGCUCGCGCUACCAAGCAGGUUCCAGCUCUGGCUGAUGUGCACAUUGCGACGGUGAACGAGAUGCUUGGCCAUGAGAACAAGAUCGUGAUCCUCUCCUUCGUCCAGCAUAACGCAGAAGAUGAUCUUGCCCUUGGCUUCAUCUAUCACCGUUGGCUCAUUACUGUCGCAACCAGUCGCGCUCGGGACGGGCUCAUCAUUGUUGGCAACCUGCGAGGCUGGAUGAAGGCUAUUCUCAGCUCUGGGCCAGAGGACUUCAUCAAUCGCGGCGAUGUCAAGCUGUUCAGGGAUCUUACGCAGGAGAUGUACGACCACAACGACAUUCUGGCUCAAGAGGACAUCGAGAAGGCCUUCGCUGGUGAGAAGGUCGACACGAAUACUUUCUACACGGGCCUACUCCGUAAGGCGCCUGCUCUCAACCACAAGGGCAACAUCCGUGGCGGCCGAGGCCGUGGCAGAGGAAACUUCAGCAACGCUGGUCUUGACGACAGGCCUUUCGACGAAGCCCAGCCUGGCAUCGGCAACCCCAACAAGCGGCACAAGCGAGACGACGCACAGCCGACAAUUCCGGAUCCUGGCGUGGACCUCAUUGGCGCGCCCCGUGGACGAGGUCGUGGCGGAGGCCGAGGCGGAGGCCGUGGAGACGGGCGAGGAGGUCGUGGCGGAGGUCGCGGGGAUCGUGGAGACGCACGAGGAGGCCGUGCGCGUGGUGGUGGCAGAGGUAGCUAG